UCAUCACCAAUAGUUAUUAUGGAUAAUCAAGACGAAGCAAGUGUUGCUUCAAGUUCUGCUAAUAUAAAUGAAUUGUCAACUAAUUUAACAGUUGAUGAUACUCAAUUAGUUGUUAACAAUGAAGAAACUGUAAAAAAUACAAAUGAGACUUCCAGUGAUACAAUUAGUAAUGUUAAAUUAGGGACCAAUGAAAAUGAAUUAAUUAGCGUAAAUGAAACUACUUCUGAAACAUCUGCUUUGGAUGAUAUUGCCUGUGAAAAAUCAAAGUCGUCUCAAGAUACUGACUCUUCGGCAAAAGAAUCAACGGGCGAUAAAACAUCGAGAAAAACAGUUGAUAAAGCAGCUGACGAUGCAACUGAACCAAUAAAUAUUUCUAGUGAAGCAGUUAAAAUGGUUGAAUCUAAAGCGACUGGUGAAGCAGAAGUUAUCCCGGAAGAAAAUCAAGCUAAAGAUACUCUAUCAAUGUCUGUUGACGAAAAGGGACCAUCAGAAAUUGAACAAAUAUCUGUUGAUUCCCCUAAAGAAAUGACCGAUUCAAUGGAUGUAGCUACGACUGAAGAAAAAGAUAAAGAUUCGAAUUCAGACAAUAAGUCAGUAUCAAUGGAAACUGAAAUGGAAAUACAAAGUAAAGAUGACUCCUCGAGUAAGCCAGACCAAACAGAAAAUACCGAAUUCGUACAAGUUGUUCAAGAUAAUAAACAGGAUGAGGCUCAGAUUGAGAGUCACUCUAUGGAUGCCGAAGAUCCAUUUGGCGGUGAUACUUUAGCCUCUGAGCCAGAAGAAGGAUUAGAUACUGCUGAUCUAGAAGAACGGAAUAUUAAUUUCAAAAAACUUGGAGAUCGAGCUGACAAUCUUCAGGACGUAUUGAACGCUAAAGACUCUGCUGAACAUGUUGAUGACAAUUUGUCGCCACUACCUGGCAAUGAAUCCGACAAACCUACAUCACCUAAGGAGCGUAGCGACUCUGAAGACAAAGUAAUUGAAGAAAUUACUAUUGAAUUGACAGAUGACAAGGACGACGAUCAUGUAAGUAAGGGUGAUAAGUCUGAUGAUGUCAGUGAGCAGGAGAAAAAUAAAAAUGAUGAUAAAACUUCUGGAGAUAAUCAAUCACCUGUAUUACCUGGCCAAGAUGAUGAGUUAUGUAUUGUUCCGGAUAAUACCAAAAUUGUACCACAGUCAGAAAACAAAACAACGGAUAAAAAAAUAGACGAUGGCAAAAAUAAUGAGUCAAAUGAAAAAUCUAAAUCAAAAUCUCCAGAUCAAGUCAAUAUUGCGGAUAAAGUACAAGUUAACCCAGAAGUAAAUGACGGUCCAGCAACUACUCCAACGAUUACGGUAACAUCAGCAGCAUCUCUGUCGGCUAUUGAUUCUAAUGCAAAAGAAAGCGAUAAAGACAAAGAUAAUAAAAAUAAGGAUAAAGAUAGUGAGAAAGAGAAGAAUAAAGACUUAAAAAAAAUGACGGUAGCUAAAAUAGCUACAGGUCUAAAAGUAGUAGACAACAUAAUUGACGUAGAAGCUGAAUCUAAAAUUUCCGAAGUUCAAGAAGUAAGUAGAGUUCAAUUUUGUAAACAAUGUAAAAGUGAAAAAAUAUGCAAUAUUGAAUUGAAAAUAGGCAGUGAAAUACAUAAAUUUUGUUCAAAUAUAUGCCAAUCGGCGUAUGCCACUAAAAAUAAUGUAGCUACAGAUAUACCAAGUGAUGGAGCUAAUUCAAAAUAUGAAAAACGUUGUGCCAAUUGUUUAUUAAUCGUUGAAACAAAUGACGAACGAAACUUAUCCUGGGAAACCAUGGAGUUUUGUAAUGAAGAAUGUUUGGGUAAAUUUCAAACUAAAUACGGUAGUUACUGUCGAAAUUGUAAUGGAAAUGUCGCAGCGAUGAGCUUAGGUAAAUAUUGUGUACGCUUUGGUUAUGAUGUACGUCAAUUUUGUUGCUCAACAUGCUUGGAAGAAUUUAAAAAAGGCUUAAAGGUAUGCAGUUACUGUCAAAAAGAUAUAAGCUCUGGUUCUGAUGGAUUUUUAGCUCCAGUUGGCGAUAAAGGACAAUUUAAAGAUUUUUGUACACAAUUUUGCAUGGAAAAAUAUUCUAAAAUGAAUUCAACAGAACCACCAGCACCUGAAAAAAAAUCCUGCAGUGUUUGUCAGGAAGAAAAAAUAGUUUUUUGUGAAGUACAAGUUAAUCAUCUGGCACCUGUAGCAAUAUGCAGUGAGCCAUGUUUUGCGGCAUUUAAGUUUGUCAAUAAAGUUGAUCCAGAUCAAUGUUCAACAUGUAAAAAAUAUUUUGAUCAAGGUAAAAAGAAAAAUACCGUUGUGUUUUAUCAAAAUGAAGCUCAUACAUUUUGUAGUAAAACUUGUCUUAAUAUUUUUAUUAUAACACACCGUAAAAUAGUACCAUGUAAUUGGUGUAAAGUUAAAAAAUAUAAUUUUGAUAUGAUAAAAAAAGAAUUGAAAAAUGGAUCUGUUAUCACAAUGUGUAGUUUAAAUUGUUUGACACUUUAUCAAGUAUCUAUGAAUGCAGUAUCAUCACGACGUAUUAAUUGUGAUUUUUGUAAAGAAUUUUCUCAAGCUCAAUAUCAUUUGACGAUGUCCGACGCGACAAUACGUAACUUUUGUUGUUAUGAUUGUGUUAUGAAAUUUCAAGGACAAUACACUAAAUCACCAAUAACAAUCCCAGGUGGUGAUGAUCCUAAAACACCAGCAACAGCAACAAUACCAGUACCAACAGGUACACCUAAACGAACAUAUCCAGCAAAGUAUCAAAUGCAAAUGCAAACAGCUGCUAAAAAACCAACUGAAUUGGUAACUCUACCAAGCAUAACGAUUGCUGGUCAAAAAUCAAUGCCUGUGAUAUCAUCAGUUAAGAGUUUAGCGUCUAAUGGGCAAACUGUUACGAUACCGCAAAAAAAUGCUACGACAAUAACUGUUGGGGCUAAUAAUCUUACUAAUUUGAAUGCCAAUACAGCUCAAAUUAUUUAUAAACAACAAGUAAUAACACGACCACCAAGUCCAGUUAAAGUUCAUAACAAAAUGACUCAGUGUAAACCAUUGAUGCAUACAAAAGGUGUCUCAGUUAAACCUCAUCCUUGUAAUAAAUCUACUCAAACUGAUGAAAUUCCCAAGAUUAUGGUACCUAUUCCAGUCCCUAUUUAUGUUCCAUUUCCUGUACACAUGUGGAGUUUUCCGUUUCCAGUACCAGUACCGUUUCCAUUGCCAAUACCCGUACCUAUUUUUAUUCCUACCACUCGUAAUACUACUAAGGGUAUUAUUAAAGAAUUUAAGAGAAUACAAGACAAAACGCCAACUGAUCCAUUUGAAGCAGAAUUGCUGUUGAUGGCAGAAAUGGUUGCUACUGAAAAAAAAACUACAGAAAGUGAUUCAUCAGAUUCAGCAGAUGAAAGUAAUCUUGAAAAUACUGAAUCAAGUAAUACUUUGGGUGAUGAAAUACUGCAAGAAGCAUUAAAAAUGACUACCGGCGAACUUGAAGAUGCUGCUGUGGAUUUAGAAGCUGCUCUGACACCUAAUACCAUUACAGCGUCGCAAAAUUCUACAAAAUCAACGGAAGGUAAUGUUGGUGGUGAUUCUACAGAUAAUGCUGAAUCAACGGCCAUUGCUAAGGGACGAAAACGUGUUAUUUCUCAUAACAAAACACGUGCUGGUUCUGUUAAAAAGGGGCGUAGAUCGAGUAGCACUGCUAGUAAUAAUUCAAAUGAUGCUGCUACUGCUGCUGCUGCUGCUGCUGCUUCACCAGAAGAAUCUACUACAAGUAUAACAAGUACAACAACAACCACCACAACAGAAACAGCAACAACAACUACAGAAACAGGAACAACAAUAACAACAACCGCUUCGGAAACAACGCUAGCUACUAUUACUGAACCUGUUAAAAAACCAGACGCUAAUAUGGCACUCAAGUAUACGUUUGGUGUUAAUGCAUGGAGAAAGUGGGUUGUUGCUAAAAAUAAUGAAUUAGAAAAACAAGUAACACCCAUGAAAAAAUUUAAAUUAUUUAAAACAGAUUUAUUGCAAUUGACUGCUGAUGAACUUAAUUAUUCACUUUGUCAUUUUGUUAAAGAAGUUAGAAAACCUAAUGGAUCUGAAUAUGCACCCGACACGAUUUAUUAUCUAUGUUUAGGAAUACAGCAAUAUCUUUUUGAAAAUAAUAGGAUAGAUAAUAUUUUUACUGACACAUUUUAUGAACAAUUUACAGAUUGUUUAAAUGACGUAGCUAAGAAAUUUUCUGUUUUAUAUAAGAACGCCCAAUAUAUCGUGACACGUGUUGAAGAAGAGCAUUUGUGGGAAUGCAAACAACUUGGAGCACAUUCUCCCCAUGUACUAUUAAAUACUUUAAUGUUUUUUAAUACGAAGCAUUUCAAUUUAACGUCGGUAGAUGAGCAUAUGCAACUAUCAUUUUCUCAUAUUAUGAAACACUGGAAACGAAAUCCAGCUGCACUAAAUGCUGGAACUGCUAAUAAAACUCCUGGCGCACGGAAUGUACUUUUACGAUUUUAUCCACCACAGUCAGCCUUAGAAGCCAAUUCGAAAAAGAAAAAAGUGUAUGAACAACAAGAAAACGAAGAAAAUCCAUUGCGCUGUCCAGUAAAACUUUAUGAGUUUUAUAUUUCCAAGUGUCCUGAAAGUGUUAAAACUCGGAAUGAUGUAUUUUAUCUCCUGCCAGAACGAAGUUGUGUUCCAGACAGUCCUGUUUGGUAUUCAACGUCACCACUUGCAAAAGAAUAUCUUGAAAAAAUGUUGAAUCGUGUUAAAAUGGUUAAAGAAAUUAACAUCGCUCUACUGUCCACAUAA